AUGGGUGAACAACUCGAUGAUGACAGAUGGAUCGAUGAAAUGUUCUACUCCGAGCCACUCCCUGAUGCCAUGGGCUCGGAGAAGAGACGAGAGGUUCUGCAGAACCUUGGUCUUUGGGAUAAAUACGAGGCACUCCGACGGAAGUACCAGCAGAAUAGUCUGCGCGGUUUCGAACGUCCACCUCGUGAGCCCGAAAUUCGGCUCAACGAUUAUCCCUGCAUACACUUCGAAGUACUAUGCCCUUACACGAGGGACCUCUUUGUCGAUGGAGAACUCGACUACAAACCAGAAUUCAAACGUCCCGAGGGCAUAUACACCAUGCGCGCUCUGCUAUGGUUGUUCAGAGAACUGCAGUGCUACAAGCCUGAGAACAGACGUGAUCCAGCGAACCAUUAUGCUACCAUAGACCCCACGACCAAGACAGCUAUUCCGCCUGGCCUCGGCAUCAAGGAGAGAUAUAUGCAAAUCAUCGAAGAGGGCUUAGCGGUCUGGAGUGCAUAUCUCAUAGAGCUUGACCGACUUCACAGCAUAGUCCAAACGGUUAGGGAGCAGAGGCAGACAGCCAUAGACCGACGAGCUGCUGGGGAAGAAACUGAUGAAGAAGGGCCACGCCCAUUGACUCCAGUCGAUGCUACCUAUGCCCUGCAAGCCGCAGACGUAUCACCCUUCGAUCACGAGCCGCGCAUUGCCCAACUCGGCAUCGCCGCUGCGCGCAAAGUCGUCUCCGAAAGCAACAUGAUCUGCCAUCUAGCACGAAACCUCUUCGCCAACAUGCAACACCAAAUCUUCGACAACGACGACCAGGAUCAAAUGGCAUAUUUCUACUGGAACAUGAUUGACCUUGUCAUUCCCGGCGAACGAACUCUUGUAGAUCCUCGAGAUCCUGUAAACCGCGAUGGUAUGCCUUGGGCGUGGUUGGUCGUGAACAUAAACGCUAAAAACUUUGUCGUCAACUUUUUACCCAAAGACGAUUGGCCGGAUUGGGAUGUCGCCAAUCCAAGCAUCCAGGAAUGGAUCACCGAGUGGAGAACACCAAUGGGACCACCACUCUAUGGUCCAGGAGAAGUAGAGGGAAGCGCGAUUCCCAAUGCACGAGAAAAAACCGCCUAUCUCAACCUUAAGCAACGACAGGAUCCCAAGCUGCACGAGGAACUCGGCGAAUUCGCAUUGAUACACUUUGAGAUCUUGAUAAUGUGGGACUUCAAUGCAUCUGCAACGCCGGGACAGGUCACAAUCCCCAGAGUGUCAAAGGCGAAUAUACGCUUCUAUAUCGAUAUGGUCACCGCGAUGCCGGAAGGAUACGAAGCUCGCUUCAUGACAUAUAUUGUCAUGAAAGAUGUUCGCCAAGGUCGCUACUCCCACAAUCCAAAGCCAAAACGACAAUUCGAAAUCGGCUCUCGGCUCGGUCAAAAAUGGGUCCGCAUCUUGCAAAAAGCCAUACAAGAGUGGAAGGGCUACCUCGCAUAUAUUACUGCUGGGGAUUCAGACGAAGAAGAUGAGGAUAUUGACUAG